CUUUGACUUCACACUGCAGGAUCUGAGCAGUUUAAUGCUUUCACACACAAAGCAGAAGACACCACGAGAUCCAUUCACUGCAGAGGCAUGACUCUCACACUCUUCUGCCUUUGAGACUUUGUCAACUUUCGAUCUGUUUUUCACUGGAGGGCUGCAACUGUGUGUGUGUAGGUUGGUGCGUGUGUGUGAAGAGGAACCACUCAUGCAAGCACAGGAGAACUGAGAUUCUAACUGAACAUUUGGUUGCAUGAUGGCCUCACUGGGUUCUUUACUGAAGAGCGUUCUUUGCAGCUAAAGUCAUAUAUCUCAGUAUGGAAGCGCUCCAGACUGAAGCGAGGGAGAAGCAAGGAUGAGGAAACUCUGACAGACAGACGACAGGAAUCUAGCGCUCGCACAUCUUUAGACCGGACUGAUUAUUUUACUGAAGCGCUGUAUGAUGAUUCUGCUGGCUGUUCUGUGCGUGUUGUGCGUCUGGAGUACAGCAACUCUGACCGGCGGAUCGGAGUCCACUCCAAAUACCAUACCUCGUAAAACUGUGCCAGUUAAUAGUAAUGGAGGACGUUUGUUUCGUCAGGAGGGUGUUUGGAACUACACCACUAUGCUUCUGAGGGAAGAUCUCAACAUGCUCAUCCUGGGUGCCAGGGAAGCCAUUUUUGCCCUUGACCUUGAUGACAUCACAGUCAAAAAGGCCAUGGUGACUUGGGCAGUCACAAAUAGGGAGCAAAAAGAAUGUUCCAGUAAGGGAAAAGAUGCUGUGAAUGAUUGCAAAAAUUAUAUCAGAAUUCUUCAUAAAAGAAACGAUGACAGAAUGUAUGUUUGCGGAACGAAAGCCUUCACCCCAACCUGUGACUAUAUGUCCUAUAGAGAUGGUAAUCUGAUUUUAGAGGGCAAACAAGAAGAUGGGAAAGGGAAAUGUCCCUUUGAUCCUUCUCAGCGAUACACUUCAGAGAUGGUUGAUGGAGUGCUGUACUCUGCAACUUCACUGAACUUCCGUGGUUCAGAGCCGAUUAUGAUGCGCAGCUCAGAGGAAUAUCUACGAACAGAGUUUUCAAGCACCUGGCUCAAUGAACCGAAUUUUAUCCACAUGGCCCAUAUACGUGAAGGAGAUUCAAACCCUGAAGGCGACGAUGACAAGAUCUAUCUGUUCUUCAUUGAGACAGCAGUGGAAUAUGACUCGUACACCAAGGUGGACGUCUCUCGAAUAGCUCGUGUGUGCAAGGGAGACUUGGGUGGGCAGAGAACGCUGCAGAAGAAGUGGACUUCAUUUCUAAAAGCAAGGCUCGAUUGUCCCAUUCCAAACAACAACCUGCCCCUCCUGGUCCAGGACGUGUUCCACUUGUGCCCCGGAGACUGGACCACCUGCGUGUUUUAUGCUGUCUUUACCCCACAAUUAGAGUCUUCUCAGUACUCUGCGGUAUGUGCAUACAAGAUUGAAGACAUCCAGACUGUGUUCUCAAAGGGCAAGUUUAAGGCUCCUGUUACCAUUGAGAAGUCGUUCGUGAAGUGGGUGAUGUAUUCAGGUGAUGUGCCUGACCCCCGACCCGGAGCAUGCAUUGAUAAUCAUGCCAGAGGAAUGCGUCUCAAUAAAUCUCUGGAUCUCCCAGACAAAACCUUGCAGUUUGUUAGAGACAAGCCUCUGAUGGACCAGGCCGUCAAGGCCAGUGAAGAGAAAGCCCUGCUGGUGAAGAGAGGCACUGCUUUCACCAGAAUUGUGGUGGCCACUGCGACAGCCUUGAACGGGACCAGCCAUCAAGUCAUGUUCAUCGGCACAAAGAGCGGCUCAGUGCUGAAAGCUGUGAAUUAUGACGGAGAGAUGGUCAUUAUGGAGGAGAUUCAGCUGUUUGAGCCCACUGAGCCAGUGAAGAUACUGCGACUUUACAACACCAAGCUGUACGUGGGUUCGGAGGUGGGCGUGGUUCAGCUGUCCAUCAGUGAAUGUGGGCGGUACCACACGUGUCUGGACUGUGUUCUGGCCAGGGAUCCGUACUGUGGCUGGGACCUCAGUGCUGACCAGUGCUCUACUAUAAACAGCACUCACAGAACCAGAACCAGCACUAUGAUUCAGAGUUUGAGUAAUGGUGAUGCCAGCCGAUGUCCACAAACAGAUGACAGUAAGUCAGUCAGCGUCUCAUUUUUCCCCGACAACACCGUGAAGCUGUGGUGCCAGCCUUACUCCAACCUGGCUCAGGUCCAGUGGCAGCUGAACGGACAACCGAUCAAAGCCUCAAACACCUUCCAGAUUCUCUCUGACAGCCUGAUGAUCAUAAACGCCUCCGCAGACGCCAGCGGCCACUACACCUGCAAUUCUGUAGAGCGCAAUUACAAAACCCAGCAUGUAGCGUAUGACCUAAAGAGCUUUAAAAAGGAAAACACACUGGUGGCUAUGGUGGUGGUACUGUCACUAAUUCUAGCUAUUCUAGUAAUUUGGAACCUGUGCAAAGGGCAUUUGCCUUUGCCGUUUUGCCUCAAGAAGGUAAAGGACACGGAGAACAAGACCGAACAAAGUCUGUAUGAGAACCAGCCUCCAGAAAAUAUUCUAGCAUCACCAACAGAGAACUCGAACAGCAACAACAACCACGUGACCGGCCAGAGGUAUUCCAGCUCUCAACUUUCAACCACUGGUGGUUUCUCAGGUCAGAUCUUACUGAAACAUAAAGACAGUGAAUCUGAGAUUUGAUCAGAUUAUAAACAGACUUGCUAAUGCAGCUAAUCGUCAUUUAUAUGGCAGACCAAGCCCACUGGUGCUGGUUCCUCUUUUGCAGCUGUUAACUUUUGACUAAACCGCUGUUUUGACCCACUUUUUAUCAUUGAUCAGUCUAUACAUUCACUUCCAAAUACCAUCAUUCAACCAUCAUGUGCCAACAUGUCCAAUGGCCGAAAAAAGACACUGAAUAAGACAUUUCUGCAUAAAGUUUGUAUACAUUGCAUCUUACUUUGGCCAAGAAUCACCCAAGUACUUUUCAAGGACAGUCAAAUCACUUGGUGGCCAUAUUUUCAAUGCCAGCAGGCAGCUGUUUCAGUCAUACAAAACCUACUCCUGUCUGCUUGAUUGGGGAAAUAGUGAAAUCUUGAGAACUGCUUGGCAGUAUUUCAAAAUUCUAACAUGAACCACCUAAUACAUCCUUUUUCAGACAUUAAAAUAGGGUAAAAAUGUAACAUUAAAAUGCAUGUACUUAACGAGUCUUAGGACACAACUGUUUUUGUGUGGACUGUUGCAAUUGGUGAGAAGUAGGCAGUUGGUUCAAUGUAAAGACUGCAAGUGUGGGUUUUAGGAAAGGCCCAUUAUAAUCUUAUAGGAAAUGACUGUCUUACACAAGAACGGCGAUCAUGUGAAAUAGGUACCACAAUAAUAGCCCUAAGGUCCCAUUUCACACCAAGAAUGAUAACUAUAACAAUAAAAACCAUAUUAGCAUCCACACAAACAGAAGAUAAUGUUCUGGUUGUUCUAAGCAUGUGAUGCAGUUACAUUGUCUGUCACUUUAAAGGCUCGCUCGUUACAUUCAGGUUGAUUCUCACUGGCGAUACUGAGAUUGCAACAUCAUUUUCUGUUGUUAUGCUUAUAGCUGUGGUGUGGACUUCCUUUUCUCAUAGAAUUAGAAUGAUUGUGAAAAGUUUAGUCAUAGGUCAUGGGUACCAUCCUUGGGGGUGAAUUGGCCAAAAAUACAGUUCUGCUAAGCUGCUUAUGAAUAUGUAGUUUACUUUCUACAAAAACUCAUGCCACAAACAAACCAGUGAUUAGUUCUAGCUCACAAGUUAUAAUUUUAUCAACCUGGCAUCUUGUAAAUGUGAUUUUGUUUCCAGGUGGACUAAUAAAAAAAAAAAAAAAGACAUUUGUAAUUCCAUUUAAGGACAAAAA